UAUCUGAGUACUUCAUCCAGUCACUGCUUUACAACAGUGAAUGGCCGUUUCCGGUGAAGAGGUUUGAACACUCAAGGACACCGUAAGAGGAACGUGACCACAUUAUCCCGCAAUGCCGGGGAGAAUCAGAAUCAGCUGCUAAACGUGCUGCCAGUAUGGAGGGAGAGGCCAUCUCUACCCUGUGUACCCCAGCUCUGGUGGUGGAUUUGGACAAAGUGAAGAUAAAUGCCCAGAGGAUGAUUGAACGCUGUCAGAAGUUGGGGGUCCAGCUUCGGCCACACAUGAAGACCCACAAAACCAUUGAGUGUGCUGACAUCAUGACGGGAGGAUCACGGAGGUGCAUCGUGGUUUCCACACUGGCAGAGGCCUGUUUCUAUGCCGAUUACGGCUUCGAUGACAUCCUAUAUGCAUACUCACUUCCCUUUGAUAAGGUGGAGCGCUGUGCAGCGCUGUCAGAGAGGCUGGAUCUCUUUCAAGUUUUAUUGGAUCAUCCUCAUGCUCUGGAGGAGCUCAUAAAGAGACCACUGAGAGACGGUCGGCUGUGGCACGUCUGGCUGAAACUUGACUGUGGUAACGGGAGAGCUGGUAUCCUGCACUCAGAACCUGAGGCGCUCAGAUUGGCUCAGGCUAUUGUCGAGACGGAUGGCGUGGAGCUAAUAGGCGUGUACGCUCACUGUGGGAACACCUACAACUGCAGAGGAGUGGAGCAAAUACAGGCUGUGGCCCAGGAAACCACCAGUUUGACUCUGCAGUUCAUGGAAAAACUGAAGGCUGCUGGCAUCACCUGUAAGUCCAGCAUUGGCUCCACCCCUUCCUGUAGCCACCCGGUCAAAGACAUGGCGCAGCUCAGCGAGGUGCAUCCUGGAAACUAUGUCUUCUAUGACGUGCAGCAGUCUGUGAUUGGCUCGUGCUGUCUGGAGGAUGUGGCUGUGAAGGUUUUGACGAGAGUCAUCGGACACUGUCCUCACAGGAACCAGCUCCUGAUUGACUGUGGAUGGGGUGGACUCAGUCUAGACGGAGCUGGAAAACUUCCCACAGGAUAUGCUAUGAUUGAAGGUCACCCGAACCUCAAAUUGUUGUCUAUGACACAGGAACACGGCAGAGUGGAGCCCAUCUCAGGACCGCUGGACUACAACAAAUACCCUCUGGGCUCUCUGCUCACACUAAUCCCCCACCAUUCGUGUGCAACUGCGAUGAUGCACCCCGUGUACCAUGUGCACUCUGAGGGCCGUCUGCUGGGGAAGUGGACACCAACACGCGGGUGGUGAACAGCUGUCCACCCGUUCACUCAUCAUACAUGACCUUGUUACAAUAGCUAAAUGAACACUGGAAAAAUGACUUCUCAUGUAGUUGAUGUUAAAGUGUGACUGAAUACUCACAAAUAUAAGUGUGGAAGUAUUCCUAAACUACUGAUUAAAUAACACAAGUAUUUUUCAUAAAUGUUUUAUCUGAAGCAACAUAGGAAAAUAAAUAUAGAGAAAAUACUUGUAUGCUUUUACAUUAUUAAAUAAAUGAAAGCUUUAGGACUGCA